UGCCCACCUCGCCGCCGUACGUUAGAAACCUAAGGUGAAGUGCUGGCCUCAGAGGUCUGCAAUGAAACCACACUUGAAGCAAUGGCGACAACGAAUGCUCUUUGGAAUAUUUGUUUGGGGCCUCCUCUUUUUGGCAAUUUUCAUCUACUUUACCAACAGCAAUCCUGCUGCGCCUGUACCCAGCUCCUUCUCCUUCCUGGAGAACCAUGGCCUCCUACCCGUGCAGGGCAAGCAGCGGGCCAUCAUGGGCGCUUUGCAGGAACCCUCCUUGCUCAGGAAUUUGGAGGCAAGCAAAGAGCUGCUGGGCAGUCACCCUGCCAGCCCCUUCCACAGUGGGCCUGUGGACCCACAGAAAUGGGACCAAGAUGGCUUUGACGAUGAGGAUGAGUUUUUUUCAUCCCAGGUCGGGAGGAAGUCGCAAAGUGCUUUCUACCGGGAAGAAGAGGAAGAUGGCUACUUUUUUGCUGCCGGUCAGCCAGGGUGGCAUCGCCACACGCAGGGCGCCCUGGGUCAGCCCUCCCCGGGAGAGCCAUCGAGGCGGGCAGGACCCGCCCAGCACAAGCGGGAGAAGCUUCACCAUGCAAGACGGAGCCGCGUGCCCGAGGAGGCCUUCUACGGCGAAAUGCUGUCAGCCUCCAUGUCCAGAGCCUUCCUGUACCGGCUCUGGAAGGGGACCGUGUCCUCCAAGAUGCUGAACCCGCGCCUGCAGAAGGCCAUGCGCUACUACAUGUCCUUCAACAAGCACGGCGUGCGCUUCCGCAGGCGGCGCGAAGCCAGACGCACCGGGCCCGAGCUGCUGUGCGAGCUGCGCAGGCGCGUGCGCGUGCGCACGCUGGACGGCAAGGAGCCACCCUUCUCAGCGCUGGGCUGGCGGCCGCUGGUACCUGGGGUGCCUCUGAGCCAGCUCCACCCGCGCGGCCUGCACAGCUGCGCGGUCGUCAUGUCCGCCGGUGCCAUCCUGAACUCCUCCCUAGGGGAGGAAAUCGAUUCUCAUGAUGCAGUUUUGAGAUUUAAUUCUGCCCCUACACGUGGCUAUGAGAAAGAUGUCGGAAAUAAAACCACAAUGCGCAUCAUUAACUCCCAGAUUCUUGCCAACCCCAGCCAUCACUUCAUUGACAGCUCUUUAUAUAAAGAUGUUAUCCUGGUGGCCUGGGACCCAGCUCCUUACUCUGCUAAUCUGAACCUGUGGUAUCAGAAGCCAGAUUACAACCUUUUCACUCCAUAUAUCCAGCACCGCCGGAGAAACCCAACUCAGCCAUUUUACAUUCUUCACCCCAAAUUCAUAUGGCAGCUUUGGGACAUUAUCCAGGAGAACACAAGGGAGAAGAUCCAGCCCAACCCACCAUCUUCUGGGUUCAUUGGCAUCCUCAUCAUGAUGUCCUUGUGCAGAGAGGUGCACGUGUACGAGUACAUCCCAUCGGUCCGGCAGACGGAGCUCUGCCACUACCACGAGCUGUACUACGACGCAGCCUGCACCCUGGGGGCGUACCACCCGCUGCUCUACGAGAAGCUCCUGGUGCAACGCCUGAACAUGGGCACCCAAGCGGAUUUGCACCACAAGGGCAAGGUGGUACUGCCAGGCUUCCGGACCCUGCGGUGCCCAGUCACCAGCCCCAACAAUACAUACUCUUAAAAUGGAACCCUUGGGAACUGAUGUGCAAUAAGGUACUACUGCUGUCCUCAGAGUCACAGAAGAAUACUUGAAGAUAGAUUUAGGCAAUGUGCUGUCUUUAACUGUAACUUAGUGGCCAUGAGAAUGCUUUCUAUUCAAAGCCAUUGGGUAACGAUUACUGCUAGGAAUACAGAAAUGGGCCUUUAAAACCUUCCAAGAAAGAUGCAAAAACAGGACGCAAAGAAAGAAAUCAGAUGCGUACCCAUGGGCACGAUACCUCUAAACAUGUUAACCUCUGCAGCAGGGACACUCUAUCACAGGUGGUUCCAGCCACAAGUUAGGGAGAUACUACUGAUAAUACGGGUUCCAUCUUAGAAAUAGCCAAGUGGAGGUCCUGUCGGCCACUUGUCCAUGCAUUCCUCGCGAAGCAGCCUGGGUUCUGUGAUGGCUGGCUGAAUUCGCACCCAGGCCUGUUUAGAUUCCUUCCGUGCAUCUUGUCAGCCACACGGUUUUCAACCACGGCCUUGAAGCUCUGCUUUCCAGUGCUCGCUGGAUGUUAGGACUGAGAAGUGGGCCACACUGAGAAAAGUCCAACUCAUCCAUCCCAAGAAGCCAACCCAAACCCCGGCUGCUAGGAAAAAGCAGUGUCUUUGUCCCCCUGUAGCUUCCCUUCCCUGGUCAGCAACACUUGGUGCACACACAGGCAGCAGUACGGGUGGUGCCUGCAGGCUCGUGACUGGUCAGGUGCCCGUCCCCUGGCUAUUCCACUUUAUGCACCUGGCCUGCCAAGGCACUCUGUAGCUGUCACAUAGCCAGGACACGCAGGGUCACUACAGGUCAGCCAGAGGACACCCUUGUUCCUCCAAACUGUAAAGAGUAGGUUUGGAGUGCAUACUCUGAACUGCAGGGGUACACUCCUGUCGUUUCUAUGUGUCAUUCCUGCAGGCUUUUCUCAGCUGUUCAGAACUUGGCCCUCACACGCUCUGAAUGUCCCCCAGUUCUACUGACAAAUGGCUAGGAGGUCAUCCUUGUUUUUGUGGGGAUGUUUUAUGUUAACAAUGUGAUAGAGCAGAAUGGCUUUUAACAAAGUAUGUGUGGCAGAGGUAUAGGCAAGAGAAAGUGUUCUUCCCAAUGCGUAACUGUACUGAGAUUUUCUAACCUAAGCUUGUAUCACUAAUACAUCCUUUUGUGUGGGUUUUUUAUUUGUUUUUCGAUGAAGGUAGUGGAACAUUUUAGAAUUCUGUAAUUAAACAGGCUGUUGUUUCCAUAUCAAAUCAAAGCAACUCUCAGUGGUAUAGUUAAGACGUUUUGGCAAUGACAAUAGUUUAAUUAAAUGCAAACCCCCUUGCAAAAUGUGUGGCUAUCCAAGUUUUGUAGAGAAAGAAAAAAAAUUUGUUUCUCAAUGAGUUUGUUGUGGAAUGCUCUAAGGACUGCUUCCUAAGGAAGCAUGGUUUUCUGAGCCCAGUAGCUUCUGUUUGGUUAUUCGUCUCAGCAGAAUGGAAGCAGGUUACAGACAUCCCUAGAGGCUUGCUCCGGCAGUUAAUUGAGUAGAGUCAGGGUUUUAGUUAUGACUGCAUCCGCUGAGAGCCCAUUCUGAAUCCCACAGCUGAGCAUCAUCUGGUCCAGCCGUGCAGUCUCACAGAAGCUUGGCCCUGUUCCCAUGUUGACCUGUCUAAGCCUGUCUGUAACUCUGUAGGAGGAAGCCCCGGUGUUGGAUGCAUAUUUACGCCUGGAGUCCUUGGAUAUUUCUAGGUCUUCCAGGCUUUGCCAUUUUAAAUGCUCACAACCAUUAAGUUUCCUUUUGUAGUCCUGAAGGGGAUUCACUUACAGGCAUACUUAUUAUCCUGGACAAUCCCCAUUGGUGGCGUGAGAAUUUGGUUAGAGAAUAACUUAUUGAAGUCAGUGUAAAUAUUCAAGUUCCAAAGCCCCACAAAACACUUCAAAGGUGGUUAAAGAGCAUUCUGUUGUCACACAUGUACUUUUAAAAGGCGGCUCUCAGUUUUACAGGGGUUACAAGGAGACCACGGAGCAUAAAGGAAAUUUAAUUAAAGUUUUUGAAUUUAUUAUGGCCCUAAAGACUCUUGGGACUCAGAGUCUGUUAAACAUUCAGAAGAUGUGGUGCCCAUAUUCACAUACUGUUGGCUGUGCACUCUUGUAUUUAAACGUUUAAGUAGCUUAGCCCCUUGCAAAUGUCACACAGUGAUGGCUAAUGCGAUGGCCGCUUCUUGUAUUAGCUAAAUGGGUCCCAAGUGGCAGUGUUUUGCCAGACGUUGAUGAAAUGCUUGCACACCACAUUUACCAACCUGCAGUGAACCCCACAGCAGCUGUGGAAGAGCCACACUAACCGGCCUGCCACCUCAUUUCUGGCUCUGGCUCUUCCAAAAGUGUCCGACCUCUUCUGUGAAGGGACUCUGGUUAGAGCCCCAUGGUGCCACCAGAAGCCACCAGGUGCUGCUUUCUCCACCCUCAGGUCUGAGAGAUUUCGCAUUCCUUUAGGUUGCAAGAAAUAUCAACACUCUGUUUCUUCUUGUUGUUUUCUCCAUAGAAAAGACACUAGUGUUGUCCAAGAAUAACAAUUCAGUCACUUCCAGAUUCUCUCGCACUUGUGGCUCACUGUUCACACGAGGCCAGAGAUAAUGUAUAAUGAGGAUGCUGAACCACAGACAACUCCAUGAAAUAUCAGGACUGGGCCAAUGUCACUGACCAUGCUCCCCAC